AACUCAACCCCCCCCAAUUGACUUGCCAUAGUCCAUCCCUCCCACACCACUUCCACGUGCCCUCUCUCCCCCAUUCCACCACCAUCUUCCUAUCUCUCUCCCUGUACGGAAUACCCAUGACUCAUUCCACUCAGCAAUCUUAGUCACCAUCACCCCCGCCCUAAUCUCGCCUGCCAAACUUGCAAUUCCGUUGAGUAUCGUGGAUACCCAGAACUCAUAUUGAAGGGAAGAUUGAAGAACCGCCGCCAAAGAUUGGAGCUUUAUUGGUCUCCGCUUCUUCCCCAACUAUCUGGAGGCUUCCCCGAACCGGGUCGGAUCGGGUUUGCAGAAGAACACUAAACCUAUUAAUCUGGGACCUGCGAGUAUGAUCAGAACAGCCCAGCUGGAAGACUCGCUCUCUGUUCCAGUGGGAAUUCUUGGAAUUGCCAACACCGGGUUUACCCCUGAAGCCGGGUUCGUGGGCCCAGCUUUCACCAAUGCCCUCCCGCUGCCACGGGUCGCCCCGGAUGAAGGCGGAGGGGACGAUCCGUCUGCCCGGGGCACCAGGAAAGUGAAGCUCAUGUGCAGUUUUGGCGGGAAAAUACUGCCCAGGCCGAGCGACGGGGCGUUGAGGUACGUCGGGGGGCAGACCAGGAUCAUAGCCCUGAGGCGGGACACGACGUUUCUUGAAUUCGUCAGGAAGAUGGCCCACGCGUGCGGGCAGGAUGCCAUGACGAUCAAGUACCAGCUGCCUGACGAGGGGCUCGACGCACUCGUGUCGGUUUCUUGCCCUGACGAUCUCGAGAACAUGAUGGACGAGUACGAGAAAUUCGCCGACACCUCAGCAAAGUUGCGGGUGUUCUUGUUUCCACCAUCAGAGGCCGAUGGCAUUGCCAGUGUUUUGCAGUGUGGGAUGACAGACAAAGUUAGGGGCGGCGUCACAAGAUCUGGGACUACCCCAAACUCGGCUAUAACUGUAGCUGAACCAAAUUCCAUGGUUUAUGCUUCUACAGCUCCACUGCCAAACCCCAUUGAAAAACAUGUCCCAGUUACUGCUGUACUGCUCAAACCGGAGCAAACCGGUUUUGGUUUGGCGCAACCGGGAGUGACACUCCCAUUGCAGCAUUCAUCAUAUGCACCAUCUGAUAUGCCCCACACAGACUAUUACGCGCAACAGUUCCCUCCACAGUUCUUGGGGGACAGCGGUACAGUGUUUGCCCAACAGCCCUUAACUACAUGCCCUCCGGUUCAGCAGUUUGUUUCUUGCGUUCCUAUGGCAAUGCCUGUGAACCCCCACCACAACAGCUCUAAUCUUGGAACUCAUCUUGCCCACUCUCAGCAACUUAGUUUUGAACCGUAUGCUUCAGGAAACACACCGAGCAGCCAGGGGUAUCACCGUCAGGUCCCUGCUGGAAUGUACAGCUGGAAUCAGGUCCCAAACCCCCAGCAGGCAGCAAUUUCUGAAGGACACGUGGCUCGUCCCACAGCAAUUGGCGGACAGGAGACAAAUUCAUUUUUUGAGGGCUCUACUACUGUUGACCAUACCCCUACUUAUGACAGUCUCCUUUGGCUGGAAGAUAAGAGUAGGCAUAUCUGCAGGGGUGUCACGCCGGGAGAGGGUGCCUCUGAACAUGCCAUGGCCCAUGUGGAUCAUGAAGUUGGAAAGGUCCAAGCCAAUGGAGGAGGGAGAGCCGGUGUCUAUCUCAAUGUUCCCAAUCCACAACAUUCAAAUGUAUCACUCCCUAGUGGUGGCGUGGAAUCUCAUUUUUCUCAAAUUUUACCUAUGGUUCCUAUUUCAUGUCAAGUCGACCCUCCAAAAAACAUCUUUGUCCCGUUGCAGCGCCAUGUCAAAGUGGAUGUUGGUUCUAACCUAGCAUUUAUAGAACCUAACAAUUCAAAUGACCAUCUGAAUCAAGUUGAGGACAGAAUGGGAAAUCUUAAUCUACACACAUUGGGGAAGCAUGCCAAUGAUAUUCUUACCGUGGAUAACAUAUUGGAAAACACAGCUCAACAAGUUGGUUGGGAGCAGGCAUUUACAGAUUCAAACCACAUAACAAAGACCGAAACUGCAUUUUUGCAGUCUUUGUGGGGCCCGGAGGAGGGCAUCGUAUCAAAACCCUCUUCAGAUGGAAAUCCAGCUUCCAUAAUAUCACCACGUUUGAAACUUCAAGAAGCACAGGAAAGCUCGACAUCUUUGUUCAGCAACCAAGAUCCUUGGGAUAUGAUGCGGUGUGAUACUCAUUUCCCUCCCCCUAUACCUAGCAAGAUUCGGCUGAAAAAGGAAACUGUGGGUGUCAAGGAUCAUCAGUCAAACAUGGACUCAUCAGAAGGCUCAGCUGGUGAAGUAAUCAAACAAGAACUUCAGGCUGUUGCUGAGGACGUGGCGGCUUCUGUUAUCCAAUCAUCUAUAAAUUCUUACAGCGAGUUGUACAGCGAAUUGCAAAGUGCAGAUGGAGUAAAGAGAUCUGACAGAAAUAAACUUGAGAAAGAGAAACCUAAAUUGCCAGAGAGGAGAGAUUUCGGCUUUCCUGUGUCAGGUGACAUUGGUCACUUACAGAUUAUAAAAGACUGUGAUCUUGAAGAAUUCAGAGAGUUGGGUUCCGGAACGUUUGGCACUGUUUAUCACGGAAAGUGGAGAGGAACGGACGUCGCAAUCAAACGGAUCAAUGACAGAUGUUUUGCUGGAAAACCAUCAGAAGAAAAGCGCAUGAGGGACGAUUUCUGGAAUGAGGCAAUUAAACUUGCAGACUUGCACCAUCCAAAUGUUGUUGCCUUCUAUGGUGUUGUGCUUGAUGGGCCUGGUGGUUCCGUAGCCACUGUCACCGAGUAUAUGGUCAAUGGGUCUCUGAGGAAUGCUCUUCAGAAAAAUGGAAGGAGUCUUGAUAAGUGGAAGCGCGUUUUGAUUGCAAUGGAUGUGGCAUUUGGAAUGGAGUACUUGCACAGGAAGAAUAUUGUACAUUUUGACUUGAAAAGUGAUAAUCUAUUGGUUAAUCUCCGCGAUCCGCACCGUCCUAUUUGCAAGGUUGGUGAUUUGGGACUCUCUAAGGUGAAAUGCCAGACACUGAUUUCCGGAGGGGUGCGUGGGACCCUUCCGUGGAUGGCCCCAGAGCUUCUCAAUGGCAGUAGUAAUCUUGUCUCCGAGAAGGUUGACGUGUUUUCCUUCGGUAUUGUAAUGUGGGAACUUUUAACCGGAGAAGAGCCAUAUGCAGACUUGCAUUAUGGUGCCAUAAUCGGCGGUAUCGUAAGCAACACAUUGCGGCCGCCCGUGCCGGAAUCAUGUGGGCCCGAAUGGAGAGCGCUCAUGGAAAGAUGCUGGUCAGCCGAACCAUCCGAGAGGCCGAGCUUCACCCAGGUUGCAGAUCAAUUGCGGGCCAUCGCGUCAAAGCUCCGCCCCAAAGGGUAGAACAGACAAUCACGCCCCUCUGCACAUUCCCAAGCUCAGAGCUGAGAACCCUUGUACAUAAUCCUUUGUACAUAGUUAUGUGUAGGCUCUCCUUUUUUUUCUUCAAUAUUGUUAGUCCCAAGUCUAAAUAGAACAUUUAUUUUAGUGAAAUUGUAUUUGGAAAUCCUAUGUUUACUUACAUACUGUAUACGCAUAAUCAGAAAUGGGUUGUUUUUUUCGUUAAAAAACAACAAUAAACCCAGUAAAAUAUGACAAAGUGA